AUGUUGAUAUAUCUUACAAUGAAUUGGAAGGUCAUCUUCCCAACAACAGUGCAUUUCAAGAAGCUCUACCAGAAGCUUUACAAGGGAACAAAGGAUUGUGGCAACGUUAGAUCUUUGCAACCCUGUAAGCAUGGCUCAAGAACGGACCACAAAUGGGUAUUUGUAAUCACUUUCACCCUUCUAGCAGCAAUUUUCCUUCUUUGUGCUUUCUUUACAAUUGUCUUCAUGGAAAGAAAGAAGAAGCAUCGGGAUAAAGGAGAAAAAAACAUGCAUGAAGAAGUAUGGUUCUCAGUCUUGAAUUUUGAUGGAAAGUCAAUGUAUGAGGAAAUCUUAAGGGUGACAAAAAACUUUGAUUUCAUAUAUUGCAUUGGGAGCGAAGGACAAGGAAGCGUCUACAAAGCCAAUUUGUCAUGUGGCAACAUAGUGGCUGUGAAGAAACUCCAUCACUUGUGGGAUCACGAGAAGAAUUUGGAGAAUGGAUUCUUGAAUGAAAUGAGAGCAUUAACAGAGAUAAGACACCGGAACAUUGUGAAGCUUUAUGGUUUCUGUUUGCACCACCGACACUCGUUCUUGGUGUAUGAGUUUUUUGAAAGGGGUAGCUUGGCUAAAAUUUUGAGUAAAGAUGAAGCUACAGAAGUGGGGUGGAGAAAAAGGGUGAAUAUUGUUAAUAGUGUAGCUCAUGCCUUGGCAUACAUGCACCACGAUGUCAUGUCACCAAUUGUGCACCGGACAUAUCAAGUAAGGACAUUUUGUUGGAUUAUGAAUAUAAGACCUCUAUUUCAGACUUUGGCAUUGCUAAGUUUUUGAAUCGAGACUCAACGAAUUAGAAUGCCGUUGCAGGCGCAUAUGGAUAUGUUGCACCAGGUAAUGUGGUUCUAUGUUCUAUAUAUUCUUUUGUUUUUUCUUUGAGACAAUGAUUCUGACAUCUUGCAUAAAUUUCUUAAUUUAUUCUUGGAUAUUUUUGUUCAGAAUAUUAUUCCUUUUAGUCGUUAGGCAGGAGUUACAUUUUUAUUUGGAAUAGAACUUUGAGAUUAUGUACAAGAUAAUUUGGUUGUUAUUGGUGAUCCAGAAUCUAUUUCUUUUAUGUUAAGAAUAAUUGGUGAUCCAAAAAACAUUUCUCUUCCAUUUUUCUUCAUGAUGACAAAAUGUUCUAACCAUUGAAGUCUCUGAUAUAGUGUAUUACAUGCCUAUACUAAUAAUCCCACUACUAUGAGCUUAUUCCGAGCAGAGCUUGCAUAUACAAUGGAAGUGAAUGAAAAAUGUGAUGUUUAUAGCUUUGGAGUAGUCGUAUUGGAAAUAAUUAUAGGGAGGCAUCCUGGAGAUUUUUUCUCAACAUUCUCAUCAAUGCCUUCUUCAUCCUUGUUGUCAUCAUCAUCUACAUUACCAACCCAUCAAAUGCCAAUUAUGAAUGUUCUGGACCAACGCAUUUCGCUUCCA